AUGGACAAUUUAAAUGGGAAGACGGCCCUUGCCGACUGGCGACGUCACUCUCUCGUGCCGCCAUCCUGGGAGGACACUGUCCGCGUUGUCAGCAUUGACGAGAGUGCUGCGGCCGGCCGGUCGUUGGCCCACUCGUUUGCUACGGAUGCAAUGAGCCGCUAUGUCCUCGAUGGAGAUGACAUGGCGGAUUACUCGGAUGAGCACAAAUGGAAGCUCCACGUCGACAUCAUGACUUAUAUGGUCGCUGGCCACGUCUACAAGGGCGUCGUCACGGCCAUCGGGCCUGACUAUGAUGCCGUAGCUCUGUGGCUGCCUCCGGGUAAAAACAUGGAAGACUGGUGGACUGUCUUUCGGAGUGGCAUGUGGAGGUUGUGGUAUCAGCUCUCGCCCGAGGGUCGCAGACGCUACUUCGACGAGAUGAUCCCCGUCUUGAACCACACCAAGGAAGAGGUCAUGGCGGAUCGGGAUAGUGAGUGCUACUAUCUUGUCUACCUCGGAACGAAGCCCAACGCGAGAGGCAAGGGCUAUGCCGGAAAGCUCAUCCGCGCCAUGAUUGAAAAGGCCGACGCUGAGAACCGCCCGGUGUAUCUCGAGUCCAGCAAUGAACUCACCAACGCGUACUACGCCAAGUUUGGCUUCGAGGUCAAGCGGAUCGUAGUGUUUGAGCGCGGCCGUGACCCUGUCCAGCUGUACAUCAUGGUUCGUGAGCCACAGGCUCCGAAGCCAGAGUACUCUGCCGCGCCAGUCCUCCUCCCCGCCCUUGGCGGAGUGAAGGUCUAG